AUGAAGAGUAUUUUAAAUGAUAUUAAUACUUUUCGUCCAAUUCCUGUGGAUGAAACGCUUCAACAGGAAGAUAGACUUUAUCGAAAAUUAAUAUCCCUUAAACAGUCUGGAUUUAUUACACCAGAAGAAUUUCAACGUUGUCGUCCUGUUGGUUCACAACCAGCACGAAUUUAUGGACUUCCUAAAGUCCAUAAGACUGGUACUCCACUCAGACCCAUUUUGUCAGCUAUCGGUACUUAUAACUAUGGUAUAGCAAAGAUCUUUCAUCAUAGUAUUAAAUUUACAUUUGAAGAAGAAAAUAAUAUGAGCCUUCCCUUCUUAGACGUAAUGAUAAAACGUAAUCAACAACUUACAAUAGGUGCUCUUGUGCGAUAUUUAUGUGGUAAUACAUCUGAAAAAGCUAUAUUACAAGUUGUUGGUAUUAAAGUAAUCGAAAAAAUAAAAAAUGACGAUACAUCAAUAUUUACUAAAUGUUAUCAUCUUAUAUUAUCGGACGGCAAGCACACAUUUUCAUCUUGUAUGCUUGACACUAAAAUAAAUAAAUUAAUUGAAAUGAAUUCUUUAAAAGAAAACUCUAUUAUACGCAUUGAUCGUGUUAUGGUCAAUUCAAUCGAUAAAACUGAAAAAAUUAUGCUUGUGCUUUAUGAACUUGAAGUAAUACAAAGUGAUAGUGAACGAAUUGGAGAUUUAGUAGCGUUAUCAUUGACUGAUAUUACUAAUAGUGGUGGAGAUAUAAAUUUUCUCGAAACAACAAAUGAUAACAAUACAACAAUUAAAAAAUCGGUCACGACACUAACUACUUCAUCACAAAUUCAAUCUACUGUAGCUUCGAAUGCAUUACGACGAUCAGCCCGUAAUAUAGGUAAAAUAGUUGAUUAUCGAUUGCUUACAUCAACGACUGAGGAAAACAAUGAAAACGGUAAUAUUGAAGAUAAAUCGAUUAAUAUAAGAAAUUCGGCUUUACAUCAACAUGCAAUCGAACGUCAACACAGAAUCAACUGGGAAGAGCGGAAAAUAAUAACAAAAGGUCUUAAUUGACUUAAUGAACAUAAUCAAUAA